UUGUACAGCGCAACCAGCACAUGUGUAUCUCUAUCGCAUCGUAUAAGGUUAUGAUCUGUGCAGUGAUCUAGGUUUCCCCAGUCCCAGUGCCCCGUUUGACCCACAUUUCUGUUGUUGGUUGUACGUGAUAUUUAGAAUUGACAUAUAUCGCUAUGCUAACGUAUUAGACAUCAUUUAGUCGAUAACAUAGUGUUAGUAGUAUGCAUUGCCACAACUAUUUUGUGUCACUUCCUAGCGUACCGUAACAGCAUAAUCCUAUUUGUGACUGUAACGCUGUUGUGGUAUUUUAAUGAUCAGUUGAGUAUCACAAUGUCGGCAACAUGUAAGACAGGUUCUGAUUGUGGCCCAGGUGAGAAAUGCCUGACGCAGUGCCCUACCAAUGUUAAGGAAGCUAUUGAUUGGGUCAUAUGUAUGACCGGCAAUGAUGGUUGCGAUUGUCAAAAAGAAAAACUAAAGACAGAUGGUGCGACUGCUUGUGUUGAGAAGGUUGCAAAGGGAGUUGAAGCACUGCUUUCGCAGUUAAGAAAGGAUGGCGAUACAUCAAUCAAGGAUGAAUGGCCUGAUAUUGGUGAACUCUCGAAGGAUAGUAACUAUGAUUCUGGCCAAAUUGCUACCUAUAUAACAGGAUUGAUUAACUGCCUAGGAGAGAGGUUGUCAAAAUUUCUUGGUUGCACUAAGUGCACGCAAAAACCAUCUGGCACAUGCCCCCAAAAAGGUACAUGUGGAUUGGUUAUCGAUAAAUAUACGUAUUGUUAUUCUUCCGCAUCGGGUUGCUGUAUUAAUACCAAAGAAUCAGAUCAAAUACAUUGCGCUAAAAUAUUAUUAGGUUGUAUCCCGCUAAUAUUUUCUUCUUUAACGUACUUGUACUGGAACUGCUGUGCUAAUGGUAACGGUGGGAAAUGGAAGGAUUGCCCGUCAACUGAUGAUUCAACGGGAUCGUUAUGUACUUAUUUGGUCACUCUAGGUUACGAUACCAAUAAACUUAAUAAAUGUAGUGGAAGUACUAUCGUAUCAUUCCUCUCUUGUUUCAAGGAAUUGCAAGAUUGUUUGGAUGUUAAGCAAUCGGAUAAAAACCCGAAGUCAUAUGCAGAAUUCGUUAAUAAGAUUCAGGAUUUUUUUUCUAGCACCGAGAAGAAAGAGGGUAAGAAUAUCCCUCUCCAAAGGCUUUACACUGGUGCCUCGGUUUACUUCCAGGCUUUUCAACAAAAGCAUAACGAAAAGGUAGAUAAAGCAAAGCGUCCCGAGACUAUUUGUGAACUACUGUAUUGGUUAUUAGGACUACCUUACACUCCGGUGGGUACGCAAGUGGAAAGCGGGUCACUGGAAGUCUUGUUUGACGAAGAUGACGAUAGCGAAGACGAUGAGGAUAGUGAGGAAAAUGAAGUAUGUGGUUAUUUACCUUCAGAAAAGUGUUGCAAAUCACCAGCUACAAGCAGUGAAUGUCGUCUGUCACCUGCAAACGCCGAUUCCUUUCUAUUACCUCCAUGCUACUAUUCAGCAUUUGUGCUGAUGUCUAUACAAGGAAAGCUUCAUCCUGGAACAAAUACAACUGUUCACCAAGCUUCAUCCAGCGGAGGAAUGGUUACUCAGCAACGUGGACCUUUUCUGCAUGACGUAUAUGCCAAUAAACACUUUGAAUUCUAUUACCCAUCAUUCAUUAGAAGCUGGAUAGUUACGGUUUGGGAUGUAGUAUAUGCCCUCUAUUUCCAAUUAGGGUUCCUCUAUAAACAGUGUAAAGUGGACUAUGCUACUGGAUAUGGAUGGAAAAAUUGUACGUAUGGUAAGGGUGUUACAUGUAAUAAGUCACAAACAUGGAUAUGUACGACUUCCCCACCUCAAGGUGCUCAGCAUGGCGAAUGCGGAAAAGAUACUAAUAGGUGUUCGCCCCUUCAAGGUUACUUAUGUGAUACCCUCACAGACUUUAAGUGUAAAAAUAAUGAUCAAGAAUCCGAUUCAAAAUCUGAAUCCAAAGCGUAUUGUGCCCAUCUGAAACAUCGCCCAUCUUCUCAGUGGUGUCCCAUACCAAUGGGUUUUGCAAAAAAUAUGAAACCUAUUACUCCGGAACGCAAAGGAGAGCAUCUCGCUUUAAUCUUAACUGCCUACUUUGAAGAGAAUACCGAUGGUUCAAGUCUGUAUCAAUUGGUGUUGUUUGCUGGCAUUGUGUCACUUAGACCACCUCGUUGUCUAGGUGAUAUGUUUGCUUUUUUUUGUGGUAUUGGAAGAUUGUGUAAUACCAAGCCUGUCCCAAAGAAAGAACUAUUAGAUAAUCUUUUGAAAGAUACAAUGAGUGGGUAUCCGGGAACACCUAAACCAGAAGAAAUUACGGGACCCUUAAAAACAUUAGCUGGUAGUUGCACCCAACCAUCUCCAUCAAAGGGCACUUGUCAUAGUCUUUGCAGUUUAAGUCCUCCAGAUGGAUCUGCAUGCGAUUCCUGCACCAAAUAUAUAUGCUCUCUUUCUUGGUCAGUAUAUACGGUCUUUGCCAAGGAAUCUUUCGGAUCCUACCUCUCAUGGGCUGUUUAUCUGAUCGACGAUUUCCAAACUAAUCUCAAUUGCUUUCUCAAAUAUUUUGAGAAUGUUGAAUGUAAAUCUGGAUGCUCACACUGCACCAAUAAACAUAAAUGCCACGAAUUAAACCAGUCCAGUGGAUGUCAAUGCAAGGUGAUUGAAUGUAAGGGUAUACUUGGAGCACUGUAUAGAUUUGGAUUCACAUAUCAGGAUGCGGCUACUCUGAAAAGUGUAAAGACUUGCUCCGAUUUCCUCCAGCAAUUGAAAACAGUAACCGAUGGAAAUCCCUUAAAGGAGCUUAUUAGAGCCGUUAACCAGAUGCUCUAUUCAAUACGUCUAGCAUUUAUAUUUUGGGCGUGGUUGUUAUGGACGGCUGCGAUUGUCUACCUCAUCUUUGGACUGGUGGUAGACCUAGACAUCCUUCACAUCAGAUCGCACAUUUGGCUGAAGCACACACACAAUAUUCCAGCCUUUAAUUUAUUCGCGGCCAGGCGCCUUAAAUACGGCAUACAGGUGUACUUCGGCCGAUAGAUGAUGUUGACUGGUAGGUCAUUGUAUGACCCCGAUACUUGGUUGUACCAUGUAUUCCAUCAUCUUCCAUUAAUGGGUAUUUAAAUCACGGUGU